CCGUGUAAUAAUUAUGCGGCUUUCGCAAGCCUGUAAUGUAUUUAACCUCGCCCCUUAUACGGAUGAGUGCGCAGUUGACCGCUGGAGUAAGUUCAAGACUGUAGUUGUUCUUGGGUGAGGAAGAAAAAGACGCGACAAGGAAGGAACUGAGGGAAAAUGGGAAACAGAAGGCACCUCUAUUAUAGACGAUGCGUCAGAUUGCGUCGCAAUGUGUCGCCGUUAUGAUAAAUGAUGAUGAUGAUGCUUUGAUUCACGACGGACAUUUUUAAUUUUUUGCGAAGGUGAGACAUCGAUCUAAAUCGUAAGCGGAUUAUUCUUCAAAAUUUCAACGUUUCAAAUUAUUAUUAAUCGUUCCGUUAUAAAUUCUGUUCUCGUUUGAUUUUAAAUGAUAUUAAAUAUAUUUGACUUUUAAUUUCACGUGCAUUUUGUAGGUCAGCUAUGCUAAUUACUGACUAAUUAUUUUAUUCUCUGCAGGGAUUGACAAACAUUAUAAUUGAGCAUACAAAUGAAACAUUGAAGCUUAAUCGCGCGACCUCGUCUACGUGCCAUCUAAGCGAGGUCGCGCGAUUAAGUUUCAAUUUUUCACUUCUGCAUGCGCCAAAUUCAAAUUGCACGAAUGACAAAUACUGUACACGAUAAUUAGUUCGUAUAAAAGGACGCGAAAUGGAAAGGAGCGUAAAUCACACACAUUGCACAGACGUAAAAUUCGCGUUAGUCAGUGGGUCAGCUUAAUGGAGAAAUUACGAUGGUAAUUUGGAAAUUGCGAUGCGAACGGUAUCGUUCGAGCAACGAUUAACAACUAACAGAGAUACAUCGACUGGAAGAAGCUGCAGCUACUAAUCACAAUGGAUUUAAAUAGUUAGACUCUGCUCGCCUCUCGUACAUCUCGCCAAUUUAGCACUCAACUGAUUUAAUGAUCAGUGCUUAACAAUGCAUUUACUGAACAUUACGAGACAAAUAUUCAAAAUUUUCCUUUCUGUUCGGUAUUAAAGUCCCAAGCAAUAAUGGCAACAGCAAACGUCAGGCGAUAAAUGUACACCCAAGAGAAACGAAUUCGACAGGAAGACAGACUUGAUAUCGAGAUACCUCGUGAAAUUUGCCCUCGGAAUGUUCUGUGAAAAAUAUUUUGCGCAUUUGCAUCCGUGGUAUGCGCUCUAUCGAAAUUCGAUGACGUUCGAGGACGUUUGAGUGCCAGGGAAAACAGAUAAACUAGCCAGACAGACGCGGAAGCAGAGGUCAAUGUCCUCGAAAAGGCGCGUAUCGCAGGGUCGUAUCGGAGGUUCGCAGCUUGCAACCCGGCAGAGAGAACAGCUCGACGUGUAAAAAGCGUGAGCGGCGGAUCAGUAAUAACGACCACGUGCCAUCGUUUCACGCGACAGUUUAUUCGCGAAAACGAAACGUUUCGUCGUCGCGCGUCUCAGAGAGAAAUUCCAAUGUCGGAUUUCAACAAAGUGUAAAUGCAUUUCCUGCGCGACGAUAAACCUGUGUAGAUGGAUGCGGGUAAAUCGUGGCGCAGGCACGCUUCUCGGUUUCGGUGGUGACAGAUAUUUGUGUAUAAAAAAUUCGCGGAAAAUAUAAAUUUUUCUCUUUGCGAAUUAUUAAAUUCAAUUACACGCGAUCUCGUUUGCUCCACGUAUUUUCUCACUAACUAUCAAGGUCGAAGAGUGCUUCAAUAGCGGAAUGCGCGAAUAAAAGGGGAUCCGAAAUUCUUCGCGAACGCACGUACGUGUUUUUUGAACCGUAGUACGCGCUCGAGAGAGCAAGCGAGUAAAAGUGAGAGAGAGAGAGAGAGAGAGAGAGAAAAUCUCCGUUCCUCUUCACCCUGCGGCGCACGUCGCUUGCAUCUCGCAACGAGGCGGCUUCGGGUUCACCGGGGAAGCUCGUCAGUGUCGUCCCGGAGCAGUUAAUAAUCGCGAUGCACGUUGCGGUAUCGUCGAAGGAGCGUCCUCCGGCUCCGGGGUUGUCGACCCCGGCUAAUAAUCACGGGGUGGCUCGUCACCUUUCCUCGCGGUUUCCCUCGUAUCGGGAUCGCAGUGGAACGAAGGAGGUGUCAACGUGCCGGCGAGUUGCAUCAACAAAUGGCUGUAUCAGACGCCGAUCGAAAGAAACUGGAGAUAACGAUGGAUAUUAUUGCGUCUGCAACACGAAAUAUUGCGACGAAGCUCCAGACGCAAUUAGGCCACUCAAUUCCGCUACAUACAUCUUGAUAACAUCGAGCAAGAGUGGGUUACUCUUCCACGUAUCGAACGGUGUAUAUAAAAAUAUUGAGGAGAUCGACAGUUCAAAGCAGCGCAGCUUCACGGAGAGAUUAUCGAACAUUUUUACUGCGCCUUUCCGAAUACUUCAAAAAUCUGUAGAUUCAGAUCCGCUGGGAAUAAUCACUAUAAAUCGAACAGAAGUAUAUCAAGAAAUUUUAGGAUUUGGUGGAGCUGUAACCGAUUCAGCGGCUAUAAAUAUUCGUAAUUUAACGCACGAGAUAUCUGACCUCUUGUUAAGAAACUAUUUUGGCCCGCAUGGUAUCAAUUAUAAUUUCAUCAGAACGCCAAUGGGUGGCACGGAUUUUUCAAUAAGACCCUACACCUACAAUAUGAUAGAAAACGAUACUGCGCUCGAUUACUUCACUUUACAGUUGGAGGAUUAUGCUUAUAAAAUACCAGUAAUAAAACGAGCUCAAGAAUUAAAGAAUGGAGAAAUUAAAUUGAUAACUGCGCCGUGGUCCGCCAGUCCUUGGAUGAAAACUAAAUCCACUUGGACGUAUAGCGGUAAAUUACAUCCGGAAUAUCGACAACUAUGGGCAGAUUAUUUUGUCAAAUAUUUCCAAGCUUAUCGUCGAAAUGGUUUAGAAUUCUGGGCUACAACACCUCAGAAUGAGCCAGAAAGUUACAGGUAUAUUCCGAUAUCUGUUAAUCUAAACGCGAUGGCGUGGACAGCUGAGGAAGAGCGCAAUUGGAUUAUCGAGUACUUGGCGCCAACUCUGGAGAGAAAUAAUUUGGGGCAUAUCAAGAUUUUUACAUUGGACGAUAACAGGCUGUCGCUUCCUGAUUGGCCAAAAACGGUAUUUGAAGACCCGAGAGCAAGAAAUAUUGUUUCUGGAACCGCGAUCCACUAUUAUUUUGAUAAUGUGAUCAGCCCGGGUGUCUUGGAUGAAGUAAAACUACUCUUUCCAGAAAAGUCACUGAUAUAUACGGAAGCUUGCACUGGAGUUUUCCAAGACAAAAGACCGCUUUUGGGCUCGUGGCGACGUGGUGAGAUAUAUGCAAGGAAUAUCAUCCAAACCAUGUCGCAUUGGGUAUCUGUUUGGAUCGACUGGAACAUGGCUUUAAAUACGAACGGUGGGCCUACUUGGAACGGAAAUUACGUUGAUUCUCCAAUAAUAGUCAACAGCACCGCCGACGAAUUCUACAAGCAACCAAUGUUCUACGUUCUCGGACAUUUUUCGAAGUACGUCCCACCUAAUAGUGUAAGAAUUGGUACGACAUCGGAGAAUACCAAGGGAAUUCAGAAUAUUGCAUUUUCCACGCCCGACGGCGCUGUCGUAUUGGUGAUCUUAAAUCUAAAUAAAGAAAACAGAGAAAUUUUGAUCAAUGAUCCGGAAAAGGGAACAACAAAGAUACAUGUCCUCGGAAAGUCCAUAAAUACUAUGAAAUACUGGUAGACAUGUAGCAGAAAUAUGUUCACGUUGUAAUGUGUCGGUAGAAACAUUUAAAUUAUUUUAGUCGUUUAAACUUUAUCGGUGUUACAGUAUAUCUCGUUGAAGCAUAUUGCGAAUUUAGUUAAUCUAUUUUUAAUCAAAUAAGAAAAAUCGUUGAGUCAUGAAAUACCGCAAAGCUUUCCGCCCUUUCUUGCGGUGGAAGCCUGCUGAUAGUAUAAAUAUGUAACGGAACAAAUUGUCCUCCCUUUAAAUAGGAUUUUCACUCGAGUUGUAACUCCCUCGGUUGCGUCUUAUUUACAUCCGCUUACGCGCAUUGUUAGUUCGUCGGCUCGCAAUUACUCUAAACUUCUGCAUAACUCGGGUCACUCUCCAUUAAAACUCUCACUGAGAAUUCUUACCUCCCGGGCAAGAAUUCGCCAGAUUUGAUGAGCGCUACAGAAACGGGCUUGCUCAAACGCUUUCUUAAUCUUGCUGAAUGUUUAAAAUAUCUUUAGCGUUUAAUCCGCUAGACUGAUCGUAACUUUAACAUGUAAUAAGAGAAAUGACUUAAAAACUUGAACUUCGGAAUGCGGGACUCAAAGUCCUUAAUUUAAAAAAUCCUUAUUUUUGCGUGUUAUUAUAAGCCUCUUAAUAAAUGUCGUGGCAACAUAAUUAUCUUUUCUUCAACGUAUCAUAAUUUUAGAUAUUAAGAAGAAAAAAAUUAAGUAGCGAUAUAAAGAACGGUAUUACAAAUCUGCUUAAAUAAAGGACGAUGGGUAAAAUAAGCUGACUUUGGUCCCCAGAGUACUAAGUAAAUAUAAUACCUACGUACCUUUUUUUGCAAUUUCUGAGCUGCGCUGAAUCUGAUUCUGAUCUUUAAAAAAUUUUAAUUUAUCGAGAAAGUAACCGGAAAAAUAACCAAAUCGGGGACCAAAUCGGUUCAUUUUACCCAUUGCUUUUUAAUUAUUUAUAUAAUUGUCACAAACAGUAAAUAAAUAGAACAUAACUGGAUAUGUAAUCAAUUUGUGACGUAUGUAAAAUGUGAUGGUAGAAAAGAAAGGAUUGUAUAAUAUAUAAUGUAUUUUAUCCAAACAGUUAAAAAUAAUUGAAAAAUGAAUCAAAACAUUUGAUA